AAGGAAAUUUUUUAAUUUAAUAAAAGACAAAAAUACAAUUUGAAAAGUCAGCAAAAGCAAAGCUUUUAUAGCAACUUUAAAUUUUAUGCAAAAUUUAAUAAAGAUUAGCUAUUUAGGAAAAAGAAAUAGUUUAACUUUGCGUAAGAAACUAAUUCUAAUGAAAUAGAUUUUAAAAAUUGGCACGUAGAAGAUAAAAAUAAAGAAAAAAGGUUUGCAAAUUGGCAAAUCGUAAUGGAGGAUGCUGCCGAUAAUCAUGAAGAAUCGGCACCGAAACGGAGCCGUUCUAACGAGGAAAUCAAAGCAGAUAAAGAUGUUUUCUCCAGCAGUGAUAGUGGACAACAAAGUCCACAUGACAAACAGCAACAAGAGCAGCAGCAGAAUGUGAGUGCAUGCAGUAGCAACAGUAACAGCAACAACCACAUCAACAACAACAGUGAUAGCGGUUUAAGUUUAAAAAUGGAGGACUCUUCAUGCGGUGAUGCCGAUAUAACUGGAGAUACUUUACUUAGAUCUGAAAAUAACGACGAAAAUACAAUGGCCACUAUAGCAGAUUUCAAUCAAUUAGAAGAUCAACAAAUGUUAAGUAACGAAGGUGGUAGUACCAACAUUGAAAACUUGGAACAUGAUGCCGAAAAUGAUGAACCGAUUGCUGCUACUAAUUCAGGAGUUGAUCUUGACAAACCAACUACUUCCACAAACCUGAUCAGACGUCAUAAACGUAAUCGUUCCCGUAAUUAUCGUGUGGCUGAUCGGUCAUCAUCUUCCUCUUCCAACUCGGCAGACGAAAAUCAUGCAGAGACUCAACCUGAAGAACAAGCCGAAAGUCAGGAAUCCGUUACUGCUGCAGAAGGUCCUGUAUCACCUGCCAACAAUAAUGCGACGGAAGCACCGACACAACCUUCGCCUUAUAUGUUUCCAAGUAAUCACCAUUCAUCUUCAAUUAGUAGCAUAUCCAGCGAUAGUUCAUCUGAUAGCGAUGACGAUGAAAAUAACGACGAAUAUGCAAUGGUCACUAUAGCAGAUUCCAAUCAAUUAGAAGAUCAACAAAUGUUAAGUAACGAAGGUGGUAGUACCAACAUUGAAAACUUGGAACAUGAUGCCGAAAAUGAUGAACCGAUUGCUGCUACUAAUUCAGGAGUUGAUCUUGACAAACCAACUACUUCCACAAACCUGAUCAGACGUCAUAAACGUAAUCGUUCCCGUAAUUAUCGUGUGGCUGAUCGAUCAUCAUCUUCCAACUCGGCAGACGAAAGUCAUACAGAGACUCAACCUGAAGAACAAGCCGAAAGUCAGGAAUCCGUUACUGCUGCAGAAGGUCCUGUAUCUCCUGCCAAUAAUAAUGCGACGGAAGAACCGACACAACCUUCGCCUUAUAUGUUUUUUAAUUACCAUGCAUCUUCAAUUAGUAGCAUAUCCAGCGAUAGUUCAUCUGAUAGCGAUGACGAUGAUACCGACUUCGAACCCUAUUUAUUCGGAGAUCGUUUAAGUCCCGACUUUGCCUCCAAUGAUUCAGCAGACUCGAAUCGUCAUAAAGAAAAAGACGAAGAAGUUAACAAAUUGUUAAAUAAACAAAAACCUCCCUACACUUGGUGCGGCAGUUAUGAACUGAUGCGUCGUGAACAUGGUUUAAGUGGUGAUGGGAGAACAUCAUUGCGCAAUGGUUUCACUUACGGUUUUAAAAAUCGUUUCUAUGCAUCUCGUCACAUAGUUGAACGCAUGAAAAUUUCGCAUGUCUUGCGCAAACACUCUGGUUGCGUCAACUGUGUGAGUUUCAAUAAAACAGGUAAUUUGCUGGUGACAGGUUCGGAUGAUGCACGACUUAUUGUUUGGGACUGGGCUGUCAAUAAAACGAAACAUGUUUGGAAAUCUGGUCACAGUGCCAACAUCUUUCAAUCGAAAUUUUUGCCCUCAUCAUCGUGCAUCGAUAUUAUAUCGGCCGGCCGUGAUGGUAAAGUCAGACGUUCGAUAGUUCCACCAUCUGGUGGCAAGGUGCAGGUCUCACAUCUUUAUCCGCACUCGGGAGCAGUGCAUAAACUAGUAAUUUGUCCGGACAACCCAUCGGAAAUUAUAAGUGUUGGUGAAGAUGGUUGUAUUUGUAGUAAAGAUUUGAGGGAGGAUAUUCCGAAGGUUGAUAUGCUGAAAGUAUUUUCGACAACUAAAAAACCGCGUAAAGUACGUCUAUUUAGUAUUUCACAUCAUCCAUUUGCACCCGAAAUUUGUGUCAGUGGUAGUGAUCAAUAUGUGCGCGUCUACGAUAAGAGAUCAAUGCGAGAUCCUGUCCACACGAUGUCACCGAAACAUAUAUUACAAACCAAUUCUAUUAAUGUUACUUGUUGUGUUUAUAAUAAUACCGGCACGGAAAUAUUGGCCACCUAUAGUGAAGAUAAUAUUUAUUUGUUUGAUAAUAAAAAUUAUGUGCCAGGAGAAUAUUUGCACUCUUACAAGGGUCAUUUCAACCAAAAAACCUUUAAAGGUGUUAAUUUCUUUGGUCCGAAUUGUGAAUACAUUAUAAGCGGCAGUGAUUGUGGUAAUAUAUUUUAUUGGGAUAAAAACACUGAAGCCAUACUCAAUUUUAUGCCGGGUGAUACAGCUGGUGUGGUCAAUUGUUUGGAACCCCAUCCUAAUACACCCAUUUUGGCCACAUCUGGCCUUGAUCAUAACAUAAAAAUUUGGACACCAAGUGCUGAAAAGCAUCCACCUGAUUUAUCCAAACUCACUAAUUGUGUAAGACGUAAUAUACGAUGUACUGCUUUAAACGGCAUGGAUUUUAAUCAUGGUCAGAUGCAAUUUUUCAUUAGACAAAUAUUAUGUCGCCAUAGUGCCAAUCGUCGCCAACGCAAUCGCGAAGCAAAUGAAUCAGACAGUGAUAAUAACCUCAGUAGUGAUGAUUCUUCGGUACCAGACAUACAUACCGAAUCAGAUGACGAUGAUGAUCUACGACAUUUAGCCUGCGGUACCCAAUAAAUCUGUUGUUGUUGUUGUCGAUAAAAAUAUUAAUACAGGGGGAGCCGAGCGGAAAGUAAUAAAUAAAAAUAAGGAGGGAUAUAUGAUGUAUGUGAGAAGAAUUUAAUGAGAAUGAGACUGGGUUCUGAGCGUUUUAUUUCUAUUAUUAAUCGUUUCAUUUAAAUUAUUGCUGAAUCGGCUUCAUUUUCAAUAUUUUUUUUUCUUUUUAAUGUUGUUUUGUUUGCAAUUGAAUUGUAAUACAUACAGUGACUCAAACGCAAAAUCGGACAAGAGUUUUUCGGAUGUAAAUAUGCUCUAAACAAAAAUAAAAUAAAAAAAAAUUUUCGCUUCUAUUUACACUCCACAUACCUAUAUAUCUAAAAAAUAACAAAAACUAUGGUUUGGGCUGCACAUUGAGUGCCGGAGAAUGCAAUUUAUAUUUUAUCGAUGGCAAAAUGGACAAAUUGGAGCAAAGUGCGAUAAAGUGGGUACAGAAAACAUCUUUUCCUUUUAUCAAGACUACGAUCCCAAGCUCACACCAGGAGUUGCAAAUCUUUGGUUGAUCCAUAACUGUCCCAAACUUAUAGAAACUCCUGUACAGAGCCCAGUCUUUAAUGCAAUUGAGCAUCUUUGGGAGGAAUUAUCUAGGAGAGUGCAUCAAAUAAAAUUUAACACGUUAGUUCAGAUAAAAGAGUCCUUACUGGAAGCAUGGACCUCAAAAGAGCCGGAAGGAAGUAUGUCAAAACAUGGUGAAAUCGAUUCAAAAGCGAUUACAGGUCAUUCGAGACAACAAAGUUAACUAAAUAUUUAUCGCACAUAAAUAUUUGAAUACCUAUUUUAAUCUGUCCGAUUUUGCGUUUGGCACAAAAAAUUUAGUUAUUUUGGUUUUUAUGCAAAUGUUUACAGUUUUAAUUAUGCAAAUUUUAGUUUUUGUUAUUUUUUUAGAGAUAUAGGUAUGUGGAGUGUAAAUAGAAGCGAAAAAAAAUAUUUUUUUUUUGGUACAUCCUUUUAUGUUUAGAGCACAUUUAUAUCAGAAAAACUCUUGUCCGAUUUUGCGUUUGAGACACUGUAUUUUAUUUUUUGUAUCAGUUUCUUUAUUUUUUGUGUAUAAAGCUCAUGUGUCCAUGAUAAGUACAUGCAUGUAAUAUUGUCCUUAAGUCUUAAAUUUUGAGGAAAACAAACAAAUUAUUUAAAAUUCAUACAUAUGUUUAUAGUUUUAAAUCAGUUAUUUUUGUUAAUCGAAAAUAUAUAUUUAUUUAUGAAAAACAUAAAAAUUAAUCAAUGAAAAUAAAUGUUAUCGUAAAUAAAAUAUAAA